AUGUUGUUAUUCAGAGAUGGGUUGCUGACUGCGAAAUGCUUAUGUCUUGUCGACUCCCGAGGAUUGCCACUUGGGCUCGCGAUACAGACCAGAGCUUUUGAAAGCGACAAGAAAUCUUUCGAGGACGAGGACCUCAACUUGGAUGCACAAGAGAUCGAUGCUGGUGCAGGCAUUUCAUCCUUAGACCAAAUCAAGACGACUAGUCCUAUCAAUUUUGCGUGCAAUGGAAUUGCUGCUGGUGAGGCACCCAAUGCGCUCUCACGCCGUGCGUUAGGUGUGGACCAACCCUACCCUCGUAUAGGAUUCGACCUUGACAUGGAGGAAGAUCACCCAAGGAGCAUCUUCUCGGUGAUAAUCAUCCCGAAGUCCCUUGUCCACGCAAGUGGGACAAACCGUCGAUUCAUCGAUGCGAUGCAUCGCGCAAUAUCAGCAAAGACAGACGGAUCUCACUUCGACAUCAUGAUGCAUUUAGAGGAAUGGUUGCAAUUGCAGAAAGGUAGCGGGUUAAUGCUGAACCCAUCUCCAACCUCCUUUUCCUUUUUUCCUCUCCUUUCCCACCGCCAGAUGUCUGGCAGUCUGAUAUUACUAGAUGACUCGGCCUUCUCGCCUGGCUUCAGUCCCAGCUCUCUUUGGACCCAAGAUCCUGGCCAGCUGUGGUUACAACAGUGGUAUCAACAUUAUUCCUCUUGGGCAUACAAUAGUAAUGCGGGAAACUCCACAUAUGGAUCCUUCUCAGUUACAUUCGAAGGCAUUUCGAUUGCUUUCACUGGUAACACUCCUCCUGGCACGAACAAACAGAAUUUCUCCGUUUUCAUUGAUGGAGCAGACGCCUAUGUCGCUUCAUACCCUUCUCAGUGGGAGUAUAUGCAGUGGUAUAUGUCGCCGACGCUGGAAGAGGGCACCCAUACUAUCACUCUUACAGAGAUGGAUAAUAUCGACGUUGAUUAUGCGAUCGUCGGUGUUGGCAAUCAAACAACUGUCCUCGGUAAAGACAUCCUGGUGGACGACACCAGUGAUAGUAUUAUCUGGACUGGAGACUGGCAGACAAAUACAAGUACCCUGACGCAUAUCACGGAGACUUACAUCAUCAAUCACCCGCUUGGGGACUCUUUUUCUUUCGAGUUUACAGGGACGAGCGUAUCUGUGUUCGGGAUUCGGAGGAAUUCUAUAGUCGGAGUCAUCUCCGCUGAUUUCAGCGUAGAUGGAGGGAAAACGACUACAUUCUCUACAACCAGUACACGUUCUGGUAGUGACUUAGCCAACACAGUGUUAUUUUCUUCCCCAAUCCUCAGCUCUGGAAUUCACACGCUUAUCAUGAAUAUCACAGUGGUCGCUGGUGACCAGUCGCUGAAGCUUGAUUACAUCACCUAUUCUGAUCAGGUGUCCGAUAGCAAUGGCUCACCGUCACCUUCAAGUAGUAGUACCAGUUCCUCCCGCUCGAAUCUUCCGUCUGGUUCCAGCGCGUCAUAUUCACCACCAAAAACGACUGCCUUCAAAGGCAUUGUUGGAGGGUCGGUGGGCGGCGGUAUCAUUCUACUCCUGGUAAUAGCAGGCACUCUGUUUUGGUGGCGACGAAAAAAACAAGCUUAUCAUAAGGCUAAUUUGAUUAGCUUGUCUGAACCGUUUCCCUACACCCCAGAACAAUCUGUUCCUCGCCAGACACAGCCGUCUGUUCCAACGCCCUCCACAACCGAGCAGAAUUUCAAGACUUGGCGACAAAGCCGAGGCAUGUCGGUUGUGGUAUCCGCAUCGACUGCCGGCUCCUCACAUGUGUCUCCUUCAUCACCUACCCUCUCUCUACCUCGGUCUGCCUCAGAGAACCAAGCGGAAAUCAGACGCCGACCAGAUGAGAUUAACAGUUUGAUAGCCCAGAUAGAGCAACCCUCAAACGAAAUGACACAGAUACAGGAGCUGCAGAAUCGAAUUGAGAUGUUGACUGAGGAGAAUACACGGUUGAUGGGGGUACCACCUCCAGCGUACGGAGACUGA